AUGCAUGCAUAUGAGGAGAAUAUACAACUUUAUGAGAAUUUCUUGCCUUUUUGUAAGUUGCUUAACUUAUGCAAUAACAAUGUCGAGAAUGCCUGGAAUAUAUUCCUAAAGGAGCGGAUAGGAGUACAGCAAUGCAUGCCGUUGAGUAAUAUCACAGAUUAUGUUUAUGCCAUUCCAUUAUGCUAUAUACAAACAGCGUAA